UGUGAAUUUGAAAUUGACCAUUGUGAUACUGCUAGACGUCAAUAACAUUAAAUAUGAUAAGAAUGUCAAAUGCUCAGUAGAGUGGGUAAACAUGUAAUAUAAUUGUUUAUACUUACUGAUAAUACCUACAUUUAUACAUUACAUACAUUUUUAAUGUAGUAUUUCAUUCAUUACAAUUCAAGUUAGUAGGUCUAACCAGUAAUUAUUUCUACUAGCUAUGUUUCGACGUAUUUUUCUUUUAAAUAUUCUUACAUUACAAUGUUUUAUUUUAUUAUUUCAUAUAAAUAUCACGGGCACCAAUGGUAUUUCGGGUACAGAUGAAAAGUACUUAUUUGAUUUUACAAAAACAGACGAUGUUGAUGGUUGGCAGGAACAAUCUGAUACUGUUCGCAGUGUUGGAAUGUCGAAAGCAGUAUUCGUGAUACUUAAGAAUUCUGAAUUUAGAAGAGCGAUAUUUUUUGCCUUACUUAAUCCUCAGCCAAACGGCGCAGGAUUUGCUGGUAUACGAGCUCUUGGCUCAUAUGACUUAUCCGGACUUACAAAAUUAAGCCUCCUUUGUAGAGGACAAGGUCAAUUCAGUGGAUUUAAAGUAGUUUUGAGACAUAAAGGACUGAAUAAUGAGCCCAAUUUUUCGUUCGAACAAUAUUUUCAGGCUCCCAAAGACGAAUUUGCUGUACGUACGUUACCAUUCUCGGAAUUCAAAGCUUAUUACAGAGGGAAACGUGUUAAUAACAACGAGACCUUGGAUUUAUCACAAGUGACCAGUAUUGGUAUUCAGAUGUACGGUGGAGUUUAUCAAACGGUCAAACAAAAAGGACCAGCAACUUUAGAAAUCGAUUGGAUAAAAGCUGAAUAAACUUA